AUGACUCGGAGCCUGGAACUUGCAGCUCGCGAAUGCCUCUCGGAACCCUGUGCUGCUAUGUUAACUCCUGGCGGAAUUGAGGAGAUCCAGGAUGGUCUCAAGAGGAAGCGAUUUACUAGUGUUGAUCUCGUGAAGGCUUAUCUCGCUCGCAUCGACGAGGGCCCGCGGUCCCUCCACGGCAUCCCGAUUCUGCUCAAAGACAACAUCGCAACACUGCACAGCGAGGGCAUGAACACCACCGCAGGGUCCUACGCCCUGCUCGGCUCCGUCGUUGCCGGCGAGUCCUUCGUCGCCGCGCAGCUCCGCGCGGCGGGUGCGAUCCUCCUGGGCAAGUGUACCCUCUCCGAGUGGGCGAACUGGCGCGGCACGGUGCCCUCGGGUUUCUGCGGGCGCGGCGGCCACGGCACGAACCCGUACGUCCCGCUGGGCAACCCGUCCGGCUCGAGCUCGGGCAGCGGGAUCGCGGGCGCGGUGGGCCUCGCGACGGCCACGCUCGGCUCGGAGACGGACGGGUCGAUCAUCAGCCCGAGUGGUAACUGUAAUGUGGUGGCCUCAAGCCGACGGUGGGGCUUACUUCGCGCGCAGGGGUACGUGGUGCUGCUCUGGCUCAGACUGAUCCCAAUCUCAGAGCACCAGGAUAGCGUCGGCCUCAUGUGCCGCAGUGUCGCGGACUGCGCUAUUGUCCUCUCGACCAUCGCGGGGCGCGACCCGCACGACAGCUACACGCUGAACCAGCCCGCGCAGGUGCCCGACUACACCAAGGCCCUCAAGAAAGACGGGCUCAGGGGCGUGCGUCUCGGCGUGCCGCGCAAGGUCCUCGAGGGCGUCGACGCGAACGUCCUGAUUGCGUUCAACAAGGCGCUGAAGGACCUCACGGAACUCGGCGCGACAGUUGUCGACCCCGCAGACUUCGGAGAUGGGUGGGACUACGAGGAGGUGCAAAAUCGCGAGGACGUCGUACUCUGUGGGGACUUCAAGGUCAACAUUCACAGUUACUUGUCUAAGCUCGUGGACGUCCCGACGGGCGUGCGCACCCUUGCGGAUCUUAUCAAGUUCAACGAGGACAACAGGGAGAAGGAGCUUGUGGAGCCGUACUGGACGGACCAGGCGAGGUUCGUCAAGUCCAAUGGCGUGCACCAGGACCCGGCAUUCUGGGAGGCACUGGAGUGGGACUACCGCAUGGGCAGGCAGGACGGCGUCGACGGCCUGCUGAAGAAGUACGGGGUCGACGCGAUCCUCAUCCCCACCGCCAGGGCGUCCCGUCCCGCCGCGGUCGCAGGCUAUCCCGUCAUCACUGCCCCCGACGUCGCGCUCACGGAGGCGAGCCCAACACGUAUGAACGGCCCGAACAUGCCCUUCGGGAUCUCGUUCCUAGGAACGGCGUACAGCGAGUUCCAGCUCAUCCAGUACGCGUAUGCGUAUGAGCAGGCGACGAAGCACCGGCUGGAGAAGAAGGCGUACCCGGAGGCGAUACCGAAGACGCAGCUGGCGGACGUGAUGGGCAAGUAGUGGGGCAGCCCCACUGGGUAGAUCGGUAGACAACGUGAGAUGGCGUGGCGUAGCGUUAGGGUCUGACAAAGGGACAGAGGCUUCGCGGGCUGUAUAGAAAUCAGCUACGAGGAAUGGUCCGUGGAUUAUAGGAUACAAAGCGAUGCAUGCUAUAGAAGAGAGUCCGAACUGUGCAGCUCUGAUGUCCAUGCAAAGGAACCGGCAAAGCGAGGCUACGGGUGUGCGCGAGGUCUGCGG